UUGAAUCGAACGGAACAGCUGGUUGAUUCACUAAAUUCACUUGACAACACUGCCCGUUCAGCCGUUUUUUAUUUUUUGACAUAACAAAUAACUAAAAUCAUGAAAUAUCUUCAGAACUUAACGUAUAAAGUUCUUCAGCGGCGUUACCUGUACCAGCCACGGCUAUCCACACUGUACUACAGCACAUCAAAGGAUGUCGACGCAAAAGUGCCAUUGGCAGCGGGCUACCAGCCCAAACAGGUGGAAGAGGCCUAUUGGGAGCGCGACAAGGAUCAGGCGAAUCUCCCACAGGGGGCCAAUCGCUGCAAGCGUGGGCCCUACCGCAUGCUCCUCCCACCGCCAAAUGUGACGGGGAAUCUGCACUUGGGUCAUGCACUGACGGCCACUGUGCAGGAUGUGAUUGCACGCCAGCGGCGGCAGCUUGGCUACGAGGUGGACUGGGUGCCAGGCACCGACCACGCCGGCAUAGCCACUCAGGUUGUGGUGGAACGCACACUGGCAACCGCCGGAGGCAAAACGCGCCACGACAUAGGACGCGAGCCCUUCCUAGAGGAGGUGUGGAAGUGGAAGGCCUCCAAGGGUGCUGGCAUCGUGCAGGACCUGCGUCUGCUCGGCUGCAGCCUUAACUGGUCGCGCGAGUACUUCACCAUGGACGAGCAGCAGGCAAACGCCGUCAAUGUGGCCUUCGAGCGACUCUUCGAUGAGGGUCUCAUCCAGCGGCGCAAUUCCAUCGUCAAUUGGUCCACCACCCUACAGUCGGCAAUCUCGGACAUCGAGGUGGAAGUGCUGGACAUCAAGGAGCCCACAACUGUGAGCGUUCCAGGCUACAAACACAAAAUUCUCUUUGGCAGAAUUUUUGAUUUUGCCUACACCGUCGUGGAUGGCGAAACACAGCCGGAUGGCUCGGUCGAGGAGAUUGUGGUGUCCACCACCAGACCAGAGACAAUACUGGGCGAUGUGGCCGUGGCCGUGCACCCACUUGAUCCGCGCUACAGCAAGUAUCGCAACAAGGAAGCGGUUCAACUGAAGCAUCCCUUUCGGAACGACACAAUUCCCCUCGUCUUCGAUAUCGCCGUGGACAGGGACUUUGGCACGGGCGCUGUCAAGAUUACGCCAGCCCACGACAAGUUCGAUUUCGAGCUGGCAGCGCGACACCAGCUGCAGCCUCGACAGGUCUUCUCCAAGGAUGGACUCAUUCUGGAUACCUUUGAAGGGUUUGAGGGCCAGCUGCGCUUCGACGUACGCGAACUGAUUAUCCAGCGUCUGGAUAGGAUGGGAUUGCUUCGGCAGGUACGACCCCAUGCCAUGCAGUUGCCCAUCUGUUCGCGAUCCAAGGAUGUCAUCGAGUACAUGAUCUGGCCGCAGUGGUUCCUGAACUGCAAGGAAAUGGCUCAGAAUGCGCUCUCGGAGCUGCACAGCGGCCGACUGCAGAUUGUUCCGUCCAACUUUGAGUUGGAGUGGGAUCGCUGGCUGGAGGAGGGACGCGACUGGUGCAUCUCCCGGCAGCUGUGGUGGGGCCAUCAGGUGCCCGCCUACCAGUUCACCGAUGCACAGGGCAAUGCCCACUGGGUGGCUGCUGCCAGCGAGCAGGAGGCCAGACGCAAGGCCAUUGAACUGUUGGGCGGUGGCCAGCAGGAGGAGCUUACCCUGGUGAGGGAUCCCGAUGUGCUGGACACUUGGUUCUCCUCGGCACUGCUGCCCUUCUCCGCUGCCGGCUGGCCCAACGAGUCGUACAAGGAGAAGUAUCCGCUGGACAUCAUGCAGACGGGACACGACAUCCUCUUCUUCUGGGUGGCACGCAUGAUGAUGAUGGGCCUGAAGCUGACGGGCGAGGCACCCUUCAACAAGGUGCUGCUCAAUGGCAUCGUCUGCGAUGCGCAUGGCCGAAAGAUGUCCAAGAGCUUGGGCAACAUUGUGACACCACAGCAGGUGGUGCAAGGCGCCAGCAUGGAUAGCAUCAUUGAGGGGCUGGAGCAAUCCCUCGCUGCGGGUGUCAUCAAUGAGGCUGAGAUGGAAAUUUCAUACCGAUCCAUGAGCAAAAUGUUCCCCAAAGGCAUACAGGAGUGCGGCACAGACGCCCUGCGCUUCACGCUGCUCAGCCACAACAUUAAGAAUCAUUUCAUCAACUUUGAUGUGAGUGCCUGCCACACCAACAAGCUGUUCAUCAACAAGAUAUGGCAGGCCAUGCGCUUCACGCUGGGCGCCGCGGAGCGUCUGAACAUUUCGCUGCAUCAAUUCGAGACACUGGACGGAGUGAACCUGGGCACUUGGGAUCGCUGGAUCAUUGGCAGGCUGGGAGAGACUUUAUCCAUCUGCUCGGACAGCUACAAAAAUUACAAUUUCCACAUGGCCACGGCGGCGCUCAAGCAUUUCUUCUAUCAGAAUCUCUGUGAUACUUAUUUGGAAACGACAAAGACUGAAAUUAAUCAUCGCACACCCACGGGCUACAUUCAUGUGGGCACUUUGACUGCCUGCCUCAGCUGGGGACUGCAGGCUUUGUCGCCUUUUACACCGUUUGUGGCCUCGGAGCUGCUGCAGCAUGUGCCACUCAAUAUGGAGGUGAAGCUGUCGCAGUAUGCAGACAGCAAACUGGUAGCGGAGAUCAACGAUGUAGUCGGCAUAUGCCAGAGUGUGCGACAGCUGAAGAGCAUGCACAAAGUCAGCAAGCGACACGAACCCAAACUCACUCUGUUUGCCACAAGUGCCGAGUCGGAGCAGGUGCUGGCUCGUCAUCUGCAGCAGAUACAGUUGUUGUCACGCUGCGAGCGCGUAGAUCUGGACAUGCUGAACGAGAAUUCGAAGUAUGCAAAGAAAUUGAACCUCUUCUCCACGGCGGGCGCACUCUGCUCCUUUGGCCUGAGCAUGAACGAGGACUUUGGCAUGACUUUGGCGCAGCGUGACAAUCUGGUGCAGAGCAACAUCAAGCGGCUGAAGCGAUUGGCAACUGAGCUGCAAAAGUAUCGCAUGCGCCUGGACAAUGAAGCCUUUCAGCUGAUGGCCGACAAGAAGACGCGCGAACAUUUCGAAAAAAGGGUCAAGGAACUGGAGGCGGAAAUGAAGAGCUUAAUGCCGGAAACAGCGUGAUCUCAAGAGGAGUCUAAUGUGUAGAUAGUUCCCAGUGCCUUUGUUAUUGUUUGCUAAUCCAUUAAGUUAUUAUAUGUGGGUCCUCCUGCACCCAAUUAACACAUUUA